CAUAAAAGUAGUGUCGAAAUAGUGCUGGGACAGUGUGCUGGGCUUAGCAGGCAAGCAGCGGCCACCAUGCAGGUGCAAACCAAGCACUACCCCAAGAACUGCCUGCUGACUGUCAUGGACCGCUACUCAGCCGUGGUGCGCAACAUGGAGCAGGUGGUGAUGAUCCCCAGCCUCCUGCGGGACAUGCAGCUGAAUGGGCAGGGGCAGCAGGCUCAGGAUGGGCCCCCCGAUCUCUAUAACUGCUUCACCAUGCUCAAGGCCAUCCGCGUGGAUGUGGACCAUGGGCUGCUGCCCCGAGAGGACUGGUGGUCCAAGGUGGCAGGUGCCAGAGCCCACGAGGCCGAGCAUGAAGCUGCAGAGACAGAGGACAAGGAGGAAAGGGUGUUGGGGCAGCUGGACCUGGAAGCUCAGUUCCACCUGCACUUUUCCAGCCUUCAUCACAUCCUCACCAACCUUACCCUGAAAGCUGAGGAGGUGACAAGGAAAUACCAGGAGAUAAUGGGACAGGCCAUGUAGGCCUUGGACUCUAGGGAAGGUAAUGGUGGCGUUGGUGGGGAUCAGAGUCCACUGAGGGACAUUCCAGGGGAGAUGCAACCCAGUGGGAGUGGGAGAACCUGGGUCUCAGACAGGCACCCUCACUUCUGGGUAUUAGGGCCAUAACCUGGGAGGGCUCAAGGCUAGGCCUGUCUUACUGUCUUGACCCAGGCUUGGUAAGUAAUGGCCAUGAACUGCAGGGUGACAGUAGGAAAGGUGGCCCGUGAAUGCAUACCUGUGUGCACAUGUGUGUGCUUGCACAUUCGUGCAUUU